AUGAAAGAUUUAAAUUUUACUCUGGUGGUGGCUAAUGAAGAACGAAGAAAGAAUGACGAAGAAGCUUUAUCGGGAGAUCUCGCCGAAUUCGAUAAAUAUCUUAGAACGAUGGGUGACCAAGUUGAUAAUAUUUAUGAAGAAGUAAAAUAUAUUAAGAAACAUCUUGUUGAUAAAACAUUUCAUGGCGCAAAUAAAAUUGAUUCAAAAGAACUAAUACUUCCUGCACGAGGAAAACCUGAUGACAAACGUGGAAAACAUCCUAAUUAUGUAGUGAAAAGAAUUUAUAGGGGACAAGAAGUAGCAUGUAAAUCAAUUUCAACGACCGAAGAUGAUAUAAAGGUGCAAGGGCAUCUUGAAAUUUUAAUGAAAUUAUCUGAAUGUAAUCAUAUUCUUAGAUUUUAUGGUGUCUCAAAGAUUGACGAUGAUAAUGUUCGAGUUUUUGAAUGGGCUCAUCGUGGAACUUUGAAAGAGUUAUACGAAAUAAAGGAUAUUCAAUGGCAUUAUAAGGUUCAAAUUGCUCUUAAAAUUUGUCGUGGGCUUAUAUUUUUACAAAAAGCUGAAAUAUUACAUCAUGACCUUAGAUGUGAAAAUAUCUUGAUGACAGAAAGUUUGGAACCUAAAAUUUAUAAUUUUAAGUUGUCACGUUAUACUUUUGGGAACACCACUACAAUAAAGGAGACGACUAAUGACGCUGUGCGUUGGUUAGCUCCUGAGAAAUUAAUCAACUUUAAGACAAAAUAUACGACACAAUGUGAAAUUUUUAGUUUUGGUGUUCUACUUUGGGAACUUGCUUUUGAAAAAAUUCCAUAUAGAAGUUUGGAAGUAGACAAAAUUAGAGACUUUGUGAUUAAAGGUGGUAGAGAAGUAAUUAAAUUUGGAAAUUCUACUCCCGAAAUUUCUAAACUCCAAGAAGAUUAUAAAAUGAUUAUAAAUGACAUUUGGAAGAAUAAUCCACAAGAACGUAUUUCUUUUUUGAAAGCAUUGGACAUGCUAGAAGAAUUAUAUAAUUCCAUCAUUUAUAUGUUUGAUAAGAAUAUGCCAGCUUUACUUGCGGAUAAAACCUUGGACUUAGAUGGAUCAAAAGAUGAUGAUCUUGAAUUAUCAGACGACUUUAUUAUAAUAGUUCCAACAAUUCCAUUAGACGAAGGUAUAAAAGCUCAUAAGGUAAAUGAUUAUCAAAAAGCAUGGAAAUGUUUUGAAUAUCAUGCAAGAAAUGGUAAUACAACAGCAAAAUGUUGGAAGGGUCGCUAUUUGUGGGAAGGAAUUCAUGAUGGUAUAAAAGGACGUGAAGAGGGUAAGGAAUUACUUAAAGAAGCUGCUGAUGAGGGACAUCAUGAUGCUCAGUUAUAUUAUGCUUUUACUUUAAAAAAAUCCAUGUAUGAGGGUAAUAAUAUAGAAAUGUUCAUAGAUUAUAUCACUAAAGCUGCUGAAGGAAAUAAUAAUAUUGCACAAUAUAAUUUGGGUGAUAUAUAUUAUAAAGGAAAAUUGAAUAUUACGAAGAACGAAAAUGAAGGAAUUAAAUGGUUAAAAAAGGCUGCUUUAAAUGAUAACAAUAAGGCAAUUCAAUUUCUAGAAGAAAAGGGAAUGAAAAUAUGUUAA